GUGCGAGUUGUAGAAGCAGGGAGAAGCGCGUGGCGGCCCUCAGGCACAUACAGCAAUACUUUAACCACUUUCCUUGUACCGGCGGCUCCGGGAGGGGAAAUGUCUUUGAUCGGGAAGUUGUUCGGUACCGGGGGCAAAGGAGCCAAAGGCCCAAGCCCCCAGGAAGCCAUCCAGAAACUACGGGACACAGAAGAGAUGCUGGCCAAAAAACAGGAGUUCCUGGAGAAGAAGAUCGAACAGGAGCUUGUGACGGCAAAGAAGCACGGCACCAAGAACAAGAGGGCCGCCUUGCAAGCUCUGAAACGUAAGAAGCGAUAUGAGAAGCAGCUGGCCCAGAUUGAUGGCACGCUAUCAACCAUCGAAUUCCAGAGGGAAGCCCUUGAAAAUGCCAACACAAAUACUGAAGUUCUCAAGAACAUGGGCUUUGCAGCUAAGGCAAUGAAAGCUGCUCAUGAUAACAUGGAUAUUGAAAAGGUGGAUGAACUCAUGCAAGAUAUUGCCGAUCAACAGGAACUUGCUCAGGAAAUCUCAGAUGCCAUUUCCAAGCCAGUUGGAUUUGGAGAGGACUUUGAUGAAGAUGAACUAAUGGCGGAGCUGGAAGAACUAGAACAGGAAGAAUUAGACAAAAAUCUACUGGAAGUCCAAGGUCCGGAGACUGUGCCUCUCCCCAAUGUGCCUGCAGCCUCGUUGCCAGCAAAACCAGUCAAGAAAAAGCAAGAGGAGGAUGACGACGACAUGAGAGAAUUAGAAAAUUGGGCCACUGCAUAGAUGCCCAACUGCUGCAUGAAGUUGCACAGACAAAGAGACUAUGUACCUUGUGGGAGUAGACUUGCACACAAUGUGUAGGGGAAUGAUGGGGAUACAGGAACUGAACUUGAAAUCUCUCUCUCUUUAUUUGCCCAUGUUUUUCCUUUCUUUGCCCAAAUCCUAGCACGGACUUUCUGAUAUGCAAACCUUAACUGUGCGAGGGAUGGCCGAGUUUGACCAGAGAUUUCAAAGCUUUGACAAGACGUGGAACACAAAGUGUUGAGAACAGCUCUCUGGCUGCUGUAAGCAAUGAUCCAGCCUCCCAGCUCAGAAAACCCUUCCUGUAGCUGCUCGGCCAUGCACAAUGGCGUUUUCAAUCCAUCGUCUCAUCACUUCCCGUGCCGCUGGUUUGGUUUGUUCUCUUGUUUUCUCAGGAGAAGGCUUUGUAUCUUUGGGAGUAUGACAUCAGGAAAUAUUACUGUGAAGACACCUCCGUUACACCAUAACUGUGCCAGUCAUCUGCAAAGGAUUGAAUAAAAGCAUCCAUAGUAAUAGCACCAAUAUUUAAUGCUGUUGUGCAGGACUACACCUGUGCUGCAAACGAAGGCCUCUGCUACGCGGGGUGUUUUGUCUGCCGCUGCAUGAGUGCAAUAGCAACAUACCCCAUGUACCAAGCGCCUAAGACUCUUCAGCUUUAACUAAACGACUUGUAGCUUUAGCUGAGGGGUCAUAUGUUGUAUCUUCUCCUCUGUUCAUGCAUUGUUUCAUCUGUACUAUGUACUGUAUAUAUACAUAAAUAAACUACAUUCAUUCUUUAGAGGUAGAACAACCAGCCCCCAUUCUGGUCUGCCCUAAUGCCACAAGAGCUUACAAUUAAAUAACACCACCAAAAUGGUGAAUUCACAAAAGCGGCAAAAUUGUUCAUUUUAGUAAAAAUACAAAAAAAAGCUGUAGAUAUUUAUCACACAUUAGAGCCCUGCCCUGCAUACCACCAAUCUUUAGAUUAUUGCGGUGUGCAUAAUAUGCAUAUUGCGAUACAUUUUUUAAAGCUACAGCUCCUGUAUGCACGCCUUUGUGUUUUCUUAGUGUUUUUCUUUUUAUAGGCUAGCUAGAUUUCAGGUGCAUAUGUUUACAAAGGACAUAGUCUCGGGCACAUCUUAAUCAGCUAGUCUGGAUUCAUAAAAAGCCCCUAGGACAUUGCAUAUUGUGUGCUUAGCCUUGAGCCCCUGCAGACAUUGCUGGGUUGCUGAGGUCUGCUGUAACAGGAGUUCUUUAGAUGCACUCCGAGAAUUCAAGUCUGAUGCCUUCCUUUGAGGUGAUGGAACUUCCAGUAGUCGGUGGUCCGUUUGGGGUUUUUUAAGAGUUGUAGUUAAACAUUAACUGGGAGCGCACAGUUUGGACACGACUGAAUUGAAGUGUUCUAGUUUACAAGGUUCUUACAGUCUCGCUGCAGUCCUGUUCUAGCAGGAACGUGCUGUUAGUCCUUUUUGUGGAGCAUGGAGGAGAAGUAUGGCUGCAGAACGGUUCUUUUUGUUUUACCAUGUUUCAUUGUCAACGUGUUGCUUUCAAUAAUAGUCCAAAAUAGCACUUUUUUUUCCCUCAAUAGUCCUGUUUUUGGUUUAUUUUUUACCAUGCGACUUCUCCUGCCUCUCCGCUGCUUUUUUGAAAAGGACAACAUAAACUUGUGCUGAGAACAGGCCCUGUAAUUAAAACUUGUGUUCUGAAAAUGUAUAUAAUCACAAAUGAUCUAUAUAUGUGUGUUUAGCAUUGCAAGGGAUUUCAUUGCUAUGGUGUUAUCUGUGCAAAUAAGCACGUUUUCUCCCUUUGCACUGGGAGGGAAAGUGAGACUUAAUUCUCUCUCUACAGUUACUGCCGUAGCCAGAACAUAUUUUUACAGGAAGCCCUGUUGAACACAUAUAUAUUGCACCUUUGAAGAAACCCUGUUCUGUUUCUUAAGCAUAAGCUCUUGGAACACAAACAUAAUCAAUUCAAUAACCUAUAAUAUAUAUAUGUAGAUAUACAUUGAGAGCCUGCAAAAAAAAAAAAAA